AUGAGCGCCCUACAAACAAAUACCAACAAUCCCUUUAAGCAGCCUUCACCAACACCCAGGCGUGAAGAGUGGGAGGAUUGGGAGGACGACGAAGUCACAAUGGCUGUCAAUGACGGGCCAUUGAUAGACUUUGACAACGACAAUGGUCAUCUCUCCACGAACCCCCCGACACAAUACGGCAAACGGAACUCUUCUCGAUACUCAGUACAAAGGCCUAUGUUCCGGGCCAAAUCAAAGGGUCACCAAAAGGCCAAGAUCGUCAAAGCAGGAAUAAAGCUUGAUACGGACGUGUCGAAAUACCGCCAGGCGCAGAAAUCACAACAAGAGAACCCCGCGCGCUUCGCAGACGCCGCUGCUCUGAAGGCUCUUGAAGGCUCACCAAACUCCGCUUCCAUAGGAAGCUUCUCGUGGUUGAAACAAAGAGCUGGCAAGGGUAGAGCAAAAUCCAUCAAGAGACUAGAACGAGGUCCGGAGUCGGAUCUCUCUCCAGAUUCACGACCGAUAGUCAUUGGCAUCGCUGUUCCCGAAGAUAACCUAUCGGAACACCAAGUCAGCCCUCAAACGGCUGUCCUCGAGACGCCUAUUGCUAUGCAACACUACAGGCAACAACUAGCCGCCAAGAGUAACAACUCCUCGACCCUGUCGCCAGAGCAGCUACGUUCCGUCUGGUCUCCAGAUACCGAAGCCAGCGAGUCGCCAUACACCUCUCGUGCAGCCUCAAGUAUCUACUCGCAGCCAAGUAUGUAUGGAGGCCAAGCUGCAGGCCACAACGCACCGCCGGUCCCUGCUUUGCCAGCAACGUACAAGUUCAAGCAGUCGCAGCCUACCGCAUUCCCGGAUGCCGAUGACGAGGAGGAAGAAGAUUCCGGAACACCCUGCACUCUGUUCGAGGAAGAUGGCAGCCCACUCGCCACACGAAAAUCGUACAAACCGAAAUCAGCCGUGAGCCCUCAGGGGACUGGUGCCCAUUCAAAUGGCUGGUGGGAUACUGUAACACUAUCGCCGCAGACCAAUCCAUUCAGGCAGACGCCGCAUCAGACUGGUGAGAGUAGCAACUCGGCGGCAGCAGCAGCGGUUCCACAUGAGUGGUGGCAAGAAGUCGAUGAGAAGAAAACACCACAGUCACGCUCAGGGCUGAGCGUGACAACUGCGGCGCCUCUUUCUCACCAGAGCACCGCGCAAAGCUCACAGUCCUUUGCCUCAUCUUCGCAACCAUCUCACAUCCAGCGCCACGAGACGCAGUCCGAGAAGGCCCGCAUUCUGCUGGAGGAGAACCAUGCGCCGAGCGAUGAGCCCCCGCCCUACUCACCACCCAAGGCGCCCGGUGAUGUUAAAUACGUUGCAAUCCUGCCACCUUCUCACACGGCUAUGCAACAGCCGAUCCCAUCUCCCGGACCCAUGACUCCAGGCCUCCCAGGGACGAUGACCUCACAGGGUGCAAUCGGCAUGGCCGACAUCCCGGUAACACCGCGAAGCGUACCGGCGGCUGUCCUCCCAGACCGCCCCGUUGGUACAUACGUGACACAUGACCAGUUCCGAGCGGCGCCAGGAACAAACAACCGCAUAGAACGCAACCGGAGGCGGCACGAGAAGGAGGAGUUCGUGGCCCGGAAGGUCGGCGGCUUCUGGAGAGGUCGUGGCUGCAUGCCUGGAGAGGGCUGUUUCGGACGCACUGGACGGGAGGGCAGACAACGGCGUCGUGUUUGCCUAGGCAUCAUUGGCGGCAUUAUCGCUAUCAUAAUCCUUAUUGUGGUGCUCGCGGUAGUCUUGACACGCAAGUCUCUAAUUGCAUCUGGCGCAACGCCGGUGUCCGCUCCAGGUACCUCGCCAGACUCUUCCUCCGAGGGACCCCUGGACACCGUCUGGCUCAACUUGACAGACUUUCCGCCGAUGCCCACCGGAGUAUUGACGGUGAAAGGCCCGGACAACUCCAAGGCCGUCGACGAGUGCCUGGAGAAGAACGCGAAGACGCUGUGGAGCUGCUCCAUCCCAAAGGACCAGCAGGAUCCCAAGAGCCUAUUCAAGGCGAACCAACCGGAGUUUAUCUUUCAAAUCCAGUUUGACAACAAUACCCGAGCCCUUUGGAAUAUCACCAAUGAAGGCGAGCAGCCGGAUCAGGCUCAGGGCCAGGGUGAUACAAGCCCCAGUUCCGCACGCCGGGCGAUCUCGAGUGCCGUGGCGCGCGCCGCUGCCAUCGUCCGGCGGGCCAUCGUCUACGAUGCCGGCUUCUCGCCAAACCCGGCCCCGCCUGAGUACAAGGAGAUGUUCUUCCUGGGUAACACCACGGACGGUGUCGAGGCGGACAGCAAGGCCGGCGAGCCGACGCCCUUCUUCAUCAGCCUGCUGAACUCGACCAGCACCACCGUAGGGCCGGACGUUCUGAGCCGGCGUGGCAUUGGCAACGGUAUUGAUGCGGCGCCCACCAACGGCUCGUCGGACUGGAACGUGACCAACCUCCUACCGCCGCCCGAGAUGGAGUCCAACGGGACCCCGGCGCCGGCGCGGCUGUUCCCCCUGCCGGUGCAGCAGCCCGUCCGGCUUUACGACCGCGGCCUGCCCACGGAGCACUACGGCUUCUACACCUACUUCAACAAGACCAUCUACAUCGCGGACCUGAACAAGGAGGACGAAAAGGACGCCGACGGCGGAGCGGCGCUGCGGGAUGCCACCACGCUGGUGAUCUGGAGCCAGGCGCGCUUCCUGGUCCAGAUCUGGACACGCAAGGGCGAUGCGCCGACGUUGCUUAACAAGGACGGCGACGGCGACGAUGAUGCCUCCUCCGAGGCCCACGUCAUGCCGUACCCUGUCACGAUCACGGAGGACUUCCACGGCGGCAACCGCAACGACAAGGGCACGUGGUAUUGGAACCUGAACGGCGACCACACCGUCAACCGGGAAGAGGCGGCGCUCAUCGAGGUCGACAAUGGUGUCGAGGGUUCCUGGAUCAACCGUAAGGACCGCAACCCGGACCUGGAGUUGGGGGGCAUCGAUGGGGGCACAGGCGGGUGUAAGUGUGUGUGGGUGAACUUUGCGGAGAAGCCAUGA